AUGCAGCCAGAAACCAUCAGUGUUUACGGGAGGGCCUUCGGGGGUUAUAUAAUGCGCUCGGCGUUGGAGCUUUCUUUCCUGACUGCGCAGAGGUUCCUCAACGCCAGCUACCCCGUCAUCGCGGGAAUGGAAGACAUCCGUUUCUUUGACGCUGUGAAGCAAGGAGACAUUUUGAAGCUGACGGCGAGCGUGGUUUGGAGCGACAAAGACGAAAUUCAGAUCCAGGUUGAGGCCUCAAGCAGCUCCGUGGGCUUGCCGCUGAAAAGGACCAACCGGAUGAUCUUCUACUACAGACAGAGUGAAAGACUGCGCGAGUUGCCUCCCGAAGAUCUUCAAGUUUAUCCGCAAAGCUACGAGGAAUACAUGUGGUUUCUUGACGCUCGUCGGCGCGCGCAGAAGAGGCGCGGGAAGGCAGCAGCAGCAGCAGCAGCAGCAAAACUUGAACCUUCGCCGAAACCCUGA